GCACCCCGCGACAAGAAGCCCCCCAGACGUCAGUUGAACAUGGCGUUGAGCCGGAGAGCUGUCACCAGUCCACAGAGGUAAACAACGGCUGCCACGGCCUCACCGCGUUUCUCUGGAAGCACAGCGGCGGAUUACCUGGGAUUGCUGAAGCCUGCCUGAGCACAUUUCAGCCUCUUCCGCCACUUUUGGGACUCGUACGCCGGUCGAAAAAGCAGCGGUAGAGCGGAGUUGACAGCAGACGUUUACCUGGAUUAUUGGACCACAAAAUGUGUGCCAACCGUUUUAGCUAACUAACGUUAAUUUACACGGUGGGAGCUGGCUAACGAUCCUGCCAAGCCUCGGCUAUUUGUGUUGAACUCCUCUUGCACUUAGAGCUAUUAGCCAGUCGAUAACAACACAACAUGAUUCCGUGAACUGUUGCUCUCUAUUUGCUUGUUAAACACACACACACACAGAGCUGUCCGUUUAAACCUGACCACCUUAGCGUCAUAUACCAAGUUCAUAUUGUUUUUUUGCACUCGGCUUGUAAAGCGUUAGCCAAACAGCGCUAAAGAAAUGUCAGACAACCAGAGCUGGAACUCCUCCGGUUCCGAGGAAGAUUUAGAACCAAGAGAGGAGAGUGGACAUCCCGUUGGUAUCGGCGAGUUCAGCGGAGUCCUCAGCAAGUGGACAAACUAUAUCCAUGGCUGGCAGGACCGUUGGGUGGUGCUGAAAAACAACACACUGAGCUACUACAAGUCUCAGGAUGAGACCGAGUAUGGCUGUCGAGGUUCCCUCUGCCUCAGUAAAGCCGUUAUUACCCCUCAUGAGUUUGACGAGUGUCGGCUGGACAUAAGUGUAAACGACAGUGUGUGGUACCUGAGGGCACAACACCCAGAGCACAGACACCAGUGGAUCGACUCCAUCGAGCUGCACAGGAGUAUCAGAGAGGGGAGGAGAGAGAGGGGAGGAGUCCAGGGAACAAUAAUCAUCCCUCCACCACUGGCUGAUUCUGGAUAUGGCUCAGAGUCCAGUCUGCGGAGACAUGGCUCCAUGCUGUCUCUCACAUCAGCCACCAGCGGCUACUCUGCCACCUCCACAUCCUCCUUCAAGAAGGGCCACAGCCUGCGAGAGAAGCUGGCGGAGAUGGAGACCUUCAGAGACAUUUUGUGCAGGCAGGUGGACACGCUUCAGAAAUACUUUGACAGCUGUUCAGAUGCCGUGUCCAAGGAUGAGCUGCAGAGAGACAAAAUUGUGGAGGACGAUGAAGAUGACUUCCCCAACACCCGGACUGACGGAGAGUUUCUGCACAACAACAAUGGCAGCAAAGAAAAGUUGUUCCAGUCCUUGAGUCCCAAGGGAAUCAAUGGCAUAGACUUUAAGGGUGAAGCCAUCACAUUCAAGGCCACCACAGCUGGGAUCCUCGCCACUCUGUCCCACUGUAUCGACCUCAUGGUGAAGAGAGAAGACAGCUGGCAAAAGAGACUGGAUAAGGAGAUGGAGAAGAGGCGAAGAAUAGAGGAGAGCUACAAGUCAGCCCUGAACGAACUGAAGAAGAAGUCUCACUUUGGAGGUCCAGAUUAUGAGGAGGGUCCAAACAGCCUCAUUAAUGAGGAUGAGUUUUUCGAUGCAGUUGAAGCUGCUCUUGACAGACAAGACAAAAUCGAGGAGCAGUCUCAGACCGAGAAGACGAGGAUACAGAGAUCCAGCCCCGUUCCCCUCGUAGACGUCUAUUCCAGCACCGGCUCUCAUAGAUUCUCAGACAAGGUGGAGGAGAUGGUGCAGAAUCACAUGACCUACUCCCUACAGGACGUUGGUGGAGAUGCCAACUGGCAGCUGGUUGUAGAGGAGGGAGAAAUGAAGGUGUACAGGAGAGAGGUGGAAGAAAACGGGAUUGUUUUGGACCCACUGAAGGCCACUCAUUCAGUAAAGGGGGUGACCGGUCACGAGGUCUGCCAUUACUUUUGGGACACUGCCUAUCGCAACGACUGGGAGACCACCAUUGAAAGCUUUAAUGUUGUGGAGACAUUGUCAGAAAACGCUGCAAUUGUCUAUCAAACACACAAGCGGGUGUGGCCUGCAUCUCAGAGGGACGUGCUGUACCUGUCCGCCAUGAGAAAGAUCUUAGCUAACAACGAGAAUGACCCAGACACCUGGCUGGUCUGCAAUUUCUCUGUGGACCACGACGAUGCACAGCCGACCAACAGGUGUGUCCGUGCCAAAAUCAACAUCGCCAUGAUCUGUCAGACCCUGGUCAGUCCACCAGAGGGAGAUAAAGAGAUCAGCAGAGACAACAUCCUGUGCAAAAUCACCUACGUGGCCAAUGUAAACCCGGGAGGCUGGGCUCCUGCCUCCGUGCUCAGGGCCGUGGCUAAGAGAGAGUACCCCAAGUUCCUCAAGCGCUUCACCGCCUACGUCCAGGAGAAAACUGCUGGCAGCCCCAUCUUAUUCUAAAGCUCACAGUACUCCCAGUGAAGCUCUGAGGACCCGCUGUCUUCAGCUGCUCUGCUGCUGUGACCAGACCAGUUCCUCACACGGAUUUUUUCUUCCCAGCUCUUGAAUAAAAGUUAGUUCCUGCAGGGGAGGAAGGGUAAUAAUGGCGCCCUCUGGUGGCUGCGUUCAGACCUCGCAGUGGUAUCAUAAUUAAACAGAAUCAUUUCAAGAUCCGUUACUUGUUGUUUUCCCCUUCGUUGUGUUUGAAUUGCUGUAACAGUAAAUUGCUGUUACUCAGCAGGACAGUAUUCAUCUCCUGAUGAAGCAGCUGGCAGUGGGCCUGUUACCUUCCCUCCCUGAAAUUCUUGCAGUAGCUCCAAAUAACACAGACGACGCCAUCUUUCAUGCUCUUGUAGAGGACUGACCUGUAAGAGUAGCUGUUGUGUCAGGUUGUGUUUCUUUUCUGACAAAUAUAUAAAUAUUUAAAUGUGCAUAUGUUCCAUAAGAAGUUUGUAAAAACAAACAAAGAUCUCUGCUAAUAGACUGAAAUAUUUAGUUAUUCAUUUCCCAGCUUUCUUUUUCUAAGCUGCUAACUUUUGCAAGUGAGACAACAUGAUUGAUUGAUAGAUCGAUUGAUUUGAGCUGAUCAUCGUAUUUGUAUUAAGUCCAGAGGGCCGUCAUCAACCAUGACCCCUAUGAAAUAAGACUUGACCUUUUUGACUUUGUCUCUCUCAUGAAAACGCCUCGUGUUGGUGCUGAUGGAGGGACAAGUCGAGGAGUUUUUCAUGUAUUUAAUGUACAAAACAGAGUUAAUGUACAUUAUUUGCUUGGCUAUAUGUUUGUGUCAUUGUUGAUAUGUUGUAAUGUCAUAGCACAGCCUGUAUUUUCAACGUUAAACGAAUUGUAAAUAGUGUCACUAACAUUUUCACUGAAUGUCUGCAGAGCAGCUUUGUGACUGAGUCGAGCCCAGAUGCCUUAGUGUCACAGGAAGAUGUAGCUUCAGCUGAGGAAGAGGUGCAUGUGCUGCACCCACAAAAUCACUAGUGAAGUGCCUCAUGGCCAUUUUCCCCAUAUUAUUAUUAUUAUUUUUUUUUUUCAAUUCGGAGUCGAUUUCAAACCUGUCCCACGACACAUGUACUGAGGGCUAGCAGGUUAUUUUUGUAAGUUCACAUUAGUACAUUUUUAGGACUUUGGAUCUUUUUUUUUCUUUUUUUUUUUUUAAGAUUAAGUUUUUGAAUCAAACAAAAUUCAGUUGAACUUUUUAUCACCUUAAUAAUUUUCCAGACUUUUCAAACUGAAUGACCAGUACCUCUGCCUGAGUACUAUUUCAGCUUGUGGACAUCACUAAAUUUUCUCUCUGUGGUCAUACCGUUGACGAUAGAUGCGCAGCCGCGUUAUCAGUCUUAGCCCUUUAAGCCUUUUGAUUUUAGAGCUUGUAGCUGAAAGAUGUGGGUGAGAGGCAAAGUGAAGCCGGAUGAUGCUCAGCCUUUCAGCUCAGUGGAGACGCCAGGCGGAAGCUCUUUCACCUAAAAGCAGACAUUUCUAAUACAAGUUUAGUUUUUAGCAGGUUGUUAAAACUGAAUGUAAUUAGAAAUACAGUUUUGUAAAUUUGUUCAUACUAAUGUUGUGGGAUCAACUUACAAAUGUACUGUGACAACGUGGCACUUGUGCCAUUUUAAAAGUGAAAUAAAUAAGUUUAUCCUCCGGU